AGGAAGUCUUAGACGAUGUAUAAAUUCAACACUCUUUGCCUCUUUCAGUCACAGCAGCUGAGAGCUUCUGAGCUUACACUAGAUACAGCUGUGCAUUCAUAAUUCCUAGAUUCAGAGCACAGCAGGAGUCCACACUAUCACCAGACUAUCAGAGAAGAUGAUUUGCACCAGGAGGUGAGUGUCCAGCAUGGGUCAGGGAAAAUUCUAACCAUUUCCAGCUUUUCAGAAACUAACUUUUUUAUUUCUCUUUUCUUUUUGACAAGAGCAGACGCAGCUUACUAACUAAAUGAAUUUUUGGGGGGGGGUUUGUUCUUAAAACAUUUUAUUGUUUUAAACAAAGUAGAUCGAUGCACUUGAUGUCAAGGUUACAAUACUGAUCACCCCAGCCAGUAUUAAAGCUCAGAUAAAAACUAACUGUAAUUUAAACUGGUAAAAUUAUGUGUAUUUUAGAAAAAAUCACGGUGGUUUUAAUUGGCGUUCUGAACCUUACAAUAUUUCAAUCUUACUUGAUAUUUGUCAAGAAUAACCCUACUGUCUGUCUGCUUUCAUGUUUCGAAGGGAAAAUGUUUCAACCCCACUGUCCUAGACCUUCCACUAUGAGUAGACCAGGCAAUGCUUCAUGAAUGGGACAGAUAAUCUGACUUUGUUAAACCUGCUAUAACUGUCUCACUCCUUUACCUAUUGUGGACAGGAAAUGUUUGAAUUCUACUCUACAACUGCGUUACUUGUAACACUUCUGUCUCAAACCAUUAUCUAUACAUAGACCAGCCAGGGGUAGGCAGCCUACGACACUCCAGAUGUUGCAAACGACAUCUCCUCUGAUGCUUCGCCAGCAUCGUGGCUGUAAGAGCACUGUUGUUGAUGUAGUUCACAACAUCUGGAGUGCCAAAGGUUGCCUACCCAAAUGUCUAACACCUAAUGGGUGCUUGAGAAGAUUACCAGCCUUUAUUAAUUGAUAAUGGAACUAUUUGGAACUUAACCUAAAUCACAUUUAAGCUUUACUUAAAAACACUAUUAAAAAAGUAAUAUAUAUGUAUUACUGUAGUGAUAAUAUACAAAGAUUACAUCAUUUCAUUAACUUCUAUGACAAGAGAUAUAACGGAACUAUCUUUAUCUUUUUCCUAGGUCAAUCUCGAUCAUUUUGCUCCAUCUUGUAGCUAUCGCUACAGCCUUACCUCCUCUAGUCCGGGUGGCCCAGGAAGAUGUACGGUUUGGUGUACGUUUAUUCCAGGAGGUUCUACAAGAUCACAAAGAGGGGAACUUGGGCUUCUCACCCUAUGGAGCAUCAUCUGCACUGAACAUUUUGCAGUUUGGGACAGCUGGUGAAACAAUGGAGCAAAUCCGUAAAGUCAUGAACUAUGGACUUCACGGUAAGAACAUACAUUGAAUAGCGCUGGAUUGUUUGACAUAUUAGCAUUUAAAUGCUGAGCCUCCGGUUAUUAGCAAACAAACUUUCACCAAUCUUUUCCAGGCUAAAGCACAGCAAAUGGCAGAUGCUUUUAUAUAAAGAAAUCAGUAUAGAUACAAAUCUUGUAAAUAUUAGACUUAUAUUACUCAGAGGAUAAAUAAAUUAUUAGACUGAUUAAACUAAGCUGCCGACAGCAUACAGAAUGAACAUUUUUAUGAGAUCUUUUAAAAGAUGUUCUACUUACAGCAAAACUUCUUCGAAUUCUCCUAAUCGCACUUUAUACUGCGGGCAUUAGGAACGAGUUACAUAAAUAUCUUAGGCUAUCUAGUUUAAAGAGAAGUGUGUCGAAAAUACAGAAUUCAAAACAUAAAGGAUUACAUUUGAGCCACAGAGUUAAAUGCAGAAUAAUGCACACGUAAAAGGCUUAGUUUGUAUUCUUCCUAAUGCUAGGGAAUGUCUUGUAAUAAUCUUUAUGGAGUGAGAAACAAAUAAGUACACCCUUUAUACAGCCCUUUCAGACGUGCAGUUAGCAAAGUAUCACCACCCACUGAUUCAUAUCCUAAGGUGAACAGGUUUAAUUAAAGGCUCCAAGGUAAAACAUGUCUCAGCUCCUUCUUUUAACCUUUCCCAGGUUUGAAUUAAAAAAUAUAUAUAUAUAUUUGGGUUUAAUAAGCUCUUUUGUGGUGUUUUGGUUUGCUAUAACAAUGUUAGAGCAUUAUGAUUGGGAGGCGGAUAGGUUUAUAUAUAAGAACCAUUUAUCUAUUUUUUAUGCUGUAGGUAUUUCUCAUGCAUAUGUUCUUUUGUACUUUAUAAGACUUUAUCACCUCUGGAAGGCUGCUUUACUUAUCCAGAGCAUAUUUUUUUUGCUGUUGUUUUUAUUUUUUACUUAGCCUUAAAUUCUAAAUUCUAGAGGUGUCCAAAGUUUGCUCAUCUGCUUGAUGUUGGACUGCAAUUUCUAUCAAUUUUUACAGGGUUACUAUAUUUCAGAUUUAAGGUGGACAUAGCUGGUAAAAUUCUCUAAGUUCGCUAUGCUUUCUGUUUGGUUGCUCUGGUCUCAAAUUUAAAAUCCACUUUGAAUUCUCACUUUAAUAAAUAACCCCGUCAGAAAGAUAGAAAUUAUAGUCUUGCAUAUUUAGACAUACUUAUACUCACUACAAUUUAUGAAAAAAAGUCUAUGCCUCAUAAAAGCUGGAGAUGUGUCUGAGUGGGAAUUCUUUACAAUAAGGGCAGCCAUAGAGAGGUUCUUUAUGAUAGAGCUGGACAUUCAAAGAUUGCUUGCUGAGUUUAGGAACCGAUAUUGAAUGUACCUGUUUGUUACAGUUCUGGAGAAUUGUCUUUGUGAGAUCUAGAAUUGAAUAUUGCAUGCUAAAUUAAUCCAUAUUCCAGUGUAAGGAUGACAGAGAGGUGAGGUGGUAGUAGAACAGUAUGAAAGGAAGCAACAUUUAUUCUGGACUGUAAGGUGGCAAUAUAGCAAUAUCUUAUUCCAAUGAAGAGUGGGUUGUAGUAGUCAAGAAUUGCUUACAUGUUUUGGAGAUUGUGAGGAGUGAGGCAGAUGGGGUAGUAUAUAAUACCGCUAAGGAAACAAGCAUGUGGAAAGAGAAGAAGGUUGCAACACUGAGCAAAGACGAGCAUGCCAAAAAGGCUUAGUGUUCCAGGGAGGAGAGCAGUAAUUCAUCUUCUGUAGAUGAUGUGUUCAAGACCUUGGCUUAUAUCCAGUUGAUAAGAAGUAAGGAUAUUAGUGUAAUAAGAAUAUAACCUACAAUGGCAUGAUAAUAAUUCAAAUUUGGUUGUCUACUAAGUUGACAGACAACAAUGUGUAGUUUUGUAGCUGUUGGUUGCCUUCAACUGCCAUGAACCUUUGACAGUCCUGAAACUGGUUACCUUCUGUCUGAAAAAGUGACCUAAAACUAUUAAAGAUAUAUUUUGGGUUAAUUGAUAUGUAUUUAAAAGCACAGCUUUAUUUUAUAAUGGUAUGUGUGGAUGAGUAAAUAUUUCCCUUCCACUAACUGUUUCCAUCUCGAUUACCCAGAACGGGCUGUGUAUGCUUCCCUUCGAAAGCUAAGAGAAGAGAUAAGUCAAGUACAAACAGUCAGCGAAGAACCAAAGUCAGUGCAUGUGGCUGAUGGACUCUUUGUGCAACGCGACCUUACUCUGACCCCUGGAUUCCUUCAAAGAUUCCAGUCCACCUUCCGGCGUCAUGUAACCCAAGUCAACUUUACUGAUCCAUCACAGGCCAAGGAUAUCCUGAACCAAUGGGUGGAAAACCAAACUGAAGGUAAAUAUCUCAAGUCGAAGAAGAUGAAUUAAUAAUAUGGUUGGAACAAGAACAAUAAAUAAUUGUGGUUGACAAGAAAACUACCUAUUUUCUCACUUUAUCACAUGGUUCCUCAUUUAACUUUUUUUUUUUUUUUUAAGGAAUGAUCAAAGACCUAUUGGGGAGCAACUCUAUUCCCCCACUGACACGCCUGGUUCUACUUAGUGCUGUGCAUUUCCAUGGCGCAUGGAAACUCCCAUUCCCAGAGAAAGCAACACACCAGAGACCAUUUUACCGAAUGGAUGGGUCUCAGGUGCAAGUUUCUAUGAUGGCCAAUACUGGGAAGUACAACUACAGUAAGUUUCCAGGCACAUUGUGAUAGUUCUGUGGGUAGAUCAUGCAUCAGUUUAUUUCCAUUCACUACCACAUGCAUUUAUACCUUCACCCUCACCUAACAAACCCUCUCUAGCUAAGAUAGUCCUCACAUUCACCUACAAUGCUGACUUUCUCUAUAUCUUGUCCUUAAACUUUCCUCUAACCCCUUAGAUUGCAUUAUUUUGAGGUAUGCUCUUUGUGAAUUAUUUUUGUUAAAUUUCAUAUAUAAAACUAACUGUAAUUAUCCUGUCAGGUGAAUUCCUGACCCCAAAUGGAGAAGAUUAUGAUGUGAUCGAGCUGCCCUAUGAAGGUGGAGAACUCAGCAUGUUGAUUGCAGCUCCAUAUGAGAAGGAAGUACCAUUGUCCACUAUCACCAAUAUUCUGACUCCAGAACUCAUCCAAGAAUGGAAGGAAACUAUGAAACCAGUGACCCGUUUUCUUGUACUUCCCAAGUAAGAACCAUUGCAAAGUCUGCAAGUUGGACAAUUACAAAGAGAGCUUUGAGUUUGUUUCACUCCUCAGAAGAGGAUAUGUAUAUACAAACGCUUAUGUGAUACACAAUGGUUAUAUGUGUAUUGUGGAAAAUUAAUCCCAUAAAGGAAUUCUGGAGAUAUAAUGAUAAACAAAGGGACUGAAAGUUGGGUGGAUCAUGAAUGUCAUCAGUACCGGAGAUGACAUUCUAAUCCAUUAAUACAUGUUGCAUUGUUUUAUACUCCAUUGUUUUUGUGGCUAGGGUUAGGAAGUAAUGAAUCAUGAGGCGAUAUUUGGAACAUUUUAACAAAACCCCAAGUCUGACAAAAGGUCAAAUAGUGAAAUAAAUGUUUCUGGGAAAAGGUCAAAAAGGUAUGGAAGAUAGUAAACCUUGAACUCUUGAGAGUGUUUUCCUAAAGUUUCAACUUAAAGGGUUACACCAAGCACCAUGAUUACUUUAGAUAUAUGAAGUGGUUAUGGUGAAUGGAGUCUGUAUGUGCAGUGUUUUGCUAUGAAAUACUGUACAUACUGUGUUUAACCACUCUCACUGGGGCAUCAUCAGGUGGUGCAGAACUCGUGUUCUGGGAUGACUAAGAGGAAACAACUACCACACAGCCCAUGAAUGGCCAUGACUUCUGGUAACUGCAACUUUGCAGAAGCCUGAAACUCAUCACCAGACCAACAGAGUGCCUCAGAGCCAGAUGGGGUCCCAGGUAAGGGCCAAACCAUUGCUAAACAGUUUGCCCCAUUACCGAGAAACCAGGCCAGUGUACUACUUGCAUCAUAACCACUACAGCAAGCUAUAGUAGUUAUGAUGCUUGGUGCGACCUUUUUAUCAUAACACCAGCCUUAAAUUAUUACCUUCAUAUCUCUAUGUAAAAACAUAUCUGAAUUUCUAAGUCCAAAUCUAGUCUUUCUGUAUUUCUUCAUGAAAUAUUUUUUCCCCUGUUUCCCCAGGUUCUCUCUGCUCAGUGAGGUCGAUCUUAAGGCUCCGUUGGAACGUCUUGGUGUUAAAAACAUGUUCAGUGCUGAGACAGCAGACUUCAGCCGUCUGUCUGGUAAGAACUCACACUUCAGCUAAAUGAUGAUGAGACAGAAGAAUUUGAAACACGUGACUCACAUCUCACACAAUUCUUGUUUUCUCUUGCAGCUGAGAGACCACUCUACGUUUCUCAAGCAUUCCAGAAAAUCAAAGUAGAAGUGACAGAAAGUGGAACAAGAGCAGCUGCAGCAACAGGUAAGAGCCAACCUUUUGAAAGGAAACAUAGAAAAAAUAUGGUCAACAAAAAGAUAAUAGAAGGGAAAUAAGAAGGUUGGAUUUGGCUUCAUUUUCAUAGACAGAAGUGGUUCUGCAUCUGCUCCCAGGGGACUAUGACCCUAGAGGUAGAGAACAAAGGUCCAAUUGCUGCUUAUCACAACGUAGAUAUUUUGGAGACUGAAAAUGUUGGUUAGUUUAAGAUAAAAACAUUUAUCACCUGUUGUUUUGUGGUGAAAUACAAUGCUCUUUAAACUGAGGAAGCAGUGAAACGUCUUCCUUCUCCUGAGGGUUUGAUUAAAGAAUUAGAGAAUGAAAGGUAAAUAAGGAAACAAGUAAAUGGAAAGAAACACAAAAGAGGGAUAUAUACCAAGAUAUAAGGAAUAGAGCAAAUUGCAAGACAACAACUACAAAUUCACAGGCACAAAACAUGACAGGCUUUGAAAUGAUGGACUACAGAAAUUACUAUAGAAGAUAAAAGUUACAGAAAGGGUUGUCAUAGAUCUAUAAAAAAUAAGGACAGAGAUUCAUUGUAUAAUAAUAAUAGAAAACUGAGAGCUUAGAGAAGAACUGGAGCCAAGGGUUCUAUGGCUUUGGAAAGAUCAGAUCCAUGAUAUAAGUGUGAGCAAAGAGUUUUUAGUUUGGAAAGGAAUAUUGGGAAAUGGAAAGCUCCAUCUUGUGGGGAAGGAAUAUGUGUGAAAGAAUAUUCUUAAAAAAUAAUGAAAAAACACUAAUCCACCAGCUUUGUAAGAUUAAGCGGGGAGAAAUAUUGAGAAAAAUACAGUCACAGAACAGCAUUUCAGAAGAUUUUAUUUAACUGCUUCCCUUUCUUUUAGCUGCUAUACUCCUCGCUCGGAUGGCGCCUCUUGAAGUUAUCAUGGAUCGACCAUUCUUGUUCAUCAUUCGACAUAACCCAACAGGUGAGACAUCUCCAAGAAUCAUAACUUACAUACAGUUUAAAUUCCACAUCAGGUUGUCAUAUCCUAUGUGAUAAUAUUUUCUUUACAUCUAAUCAUGCACCAGAAUACUGCAAAGUAGCUACUUAAAAAGGCACUGUAAGCACUAUAACUACUACAGCUCAUUGCAGUUUUUAUAAUACCACGAGUCUCUGGAUGCCUUCCCCUGGUUCUGUUAACAAAUCGUUUUGAGGGUAGUUUGACAAAAAUCCAAGGCUCUCCCCGAUACCCAUAAUUUGGCCUACCUUAAGCCACUCUGGCAAUGUAGAAACAAACUUUAACUAUCAAAUAUGAAUCUGCCCAAUCUUAGACAGCAAAAUUAGAUGGGCACUCUAACACUUUUUAGCUUCCAAUUUGUAGUAUGCAAUCUUUAACUUUCCUCCUUUAGGAAGCUAAUUACACUCUGCAUUCUACUUUAUCAGAAGUAUAAUUGUUAGCCCGUGUAGACAAAUAUUGUAUAAAUAGCAUAGACAGAUUUCCGUUUAGACUGAACAUUCAAAGAUGCAAACAUUUACAAAGGAACCCCUUAUGUGUUUCCAUUAAAUAAAGUGGACAAUACUCCAUGGACAUAACUGGGAACCUAUAUAAAAUACAUUAUCCAGGGUAAAUCUGAAUGUCUUUAGCUCCAAUACUAACUGUAAAGGAUGUUAGAAUAAUUGUUUUUCUUAAUAGUUUCAGUUGUCGAUGCCUCACCUUAGAAUGAAUCAUGGGCAAUUUUCCAAAACAAUGACAUAUGCAUUAAAAUUCACAAACUUUUUGUCUCUCAGGUUCAUUGCUGUUUCUGGGACAAGUCAUGGAGCCAUGAGUCCUGAGUCUAGUGAUAUCAUCUUUAACGACAAGUCCACCUCAACACCAACCAAGCAUUUCCAAGUCACUCACAGAAGAUGAUGACAUCAAUACACCAUGAUACGAAUCAAGACAUAAUAUGUCCCUGUCUUGGGAGAAGUGACAUCGAGGGUUGGGAAAUUGAAAAUAAAACGGGUAGUAUGCUAGAUUAGCUAAGAGUGAAUGAGUACCAAGAUGCAAAUGAAUGCGAGGAAGUAUGAGUUAUUGCUGUGUAAAAUUUGAGUAUGAGAGAAUCGUUUAGUACUAUAAAACUUUAAAGAAAUGUAUAUGUCUUUUUUUAUGAAUUCUAUAUUUAAUAAAUAUAUUUAUUUAUAUCUAA